ACGAAAACACAAAUCCACGCAGUCAUCUGUGAUUUGCCAAUUUUAAAUUUAGUCUAUAGGUACUCGUUUUGCAUAACACAGCUAUUCUGUCAUUCUUCACUGUGUUACGACUUGUCUAGAUAUACAUAUCACUUUCGAUGGAUUCUACGGGUCAAUAAAUUCGAUGAAUAAAACAUUACCUAAGGUAUGUUUAUACCAGAUACUUUAAGAGGCUGUAUGAUCGAGACGGACGUUUCUUCUUAUUUGCAAACAUCAUCAUCGGGACAGGAUGAAUUUCACCCUUUUAUUGAGGCACUCUUACCCUACGUCAAAUCAUUUUCCUACUCUUGGUUUAAUUUGCAAGCCGCUAAACGAAAGUAUUAUAAGAAGCACGAAAAACGUAUGUCUUUGGAAGAGGAAAGACAUUGUAAGGAUGAACUGCAGAAUGAAAAAACAGAGGUUAAGCAAAAGUGGGCUUCCCGUCUUCUUGGAAAACUCAGAAAAGACAUUACGCAAGAAAGUAGAGAGGAUUUUGUUCAAUCUAUAAUCGGAAAACGAAAAUCUAUAUGCGUUCUCUCAAAUCCUGAUCAAAAAGGAAAAAUGAGACGCAUAGACUGCUUACGACAGGCUGACAAAGUAUGGCGGCUUGAUUUGGUCAUGGUUAUACUGUUCAAAGCGAUUCCCUUAGAAAGUACUGAUGGUGAGCGGUUGGAAAAAAAUCCGGAAUGCUUACAUCCAGGAUUAUGUGUAAAUCCGUACCAUAUAAAUGUUUCUGUUCGAGAAUUGGACUUGUACUUGGCCAACUUUAUAAACACUCAUAAUUCAGUUUCCAACACAAAUUCAACUUUUUCAACUACUCCGGGAGUAAGAUCGCCACACUUGGCUAUAUAUAAUCGAAAUAUUGAUCCCGACAGAAAAGAAGAGGUCGUUGACAUGAAGAAUGAGAACGUUAGACAAAAUCCAUAUAAUGGAGUAGUUUGUAAUGAUAUUAUUUUAGCGACCGGAGUGUUUUCAUCCCAAGAACUGUGGAACUUAUCCAAAGAUUUAAUUUUAGAUGAAGUCCACGAUAGUAACCUGAACUCUAACCUUAUUAAGAGGGAGAAUGUUGGAGCUGCGUAUGAGUGCAGUACAUAUCAAAUUAACCCUGAAUCUUCAAUUUCUGCCGCCCAGAGUCUGGUUCAGUCUGGAGCAAUUGUGACUAAUCCGAUUCCACUGGGUUAUAGUAUUGACUUUAUAGAUCAGAGGAGUAUGCAUUUAUCGCAAAGUCCGUUGUUACGUACAGAAGGCACAAACGGUGAUACCCAAGAUGCUAACAAAAUCGAUCAAAGCAGUUCACCGCCCAUCACAAGUACUCCAUCAGACAAUGGCAACAGUAGUUUUUCCCUAAUUGUAAGAGCCACUGAUAGCUCUAACGGCGAUCAAAAAACAUCAGCAGAUUCAACUAUUUCUCUGCACCGCUAUACGUCUCUUAACAGUAGGCCUAUCCCCCAAGCCUUAACACAACAUAAUUGCUCAUCAUUACAUUCGACUUCCACCAGUCCAAAUAAUUCUGUGUAUUACCCUCAGCACAACAAUCCGCGACCAUCUCAAUCAACUUCCGUUGAGGAACAAAACCGUGUUGCUUCCGAUAAAUAUUCAACGGAACCUCAAGAUAUUUCCGACUUUGUCACAUAUGUAUGUCAAGACUCUAGUCACACGACAACAAUAACCGGAGCUGUUGAAAACCAUCAAUUUCAACAUUCUCAUACACUCCCGCAUUCACACGUAUCACAAGGUCAUUCGCCGCAUUUUCAAAUCCAUCAGCAGCUGCGAACUGCAAAAUUGGCGACAUCGCCGUCAACUCAUUAUCACAGUACAAUGCUUCCGCCGAUGCUACCUCCGAUGGCUCGACCUGUAGCUAUAAUUCGAAGCAGCAGUGAUUUAACACUUGUCCAGUCACCACCUCCUUCUUUGUCGCUUACAAACCAAUCUCCGAACCUUAACAACAACUGCAUGGGAAAAAAUGGCUUGGAACCGGAUAAUAUUAGACUUUCAAGUACUCUAGACAAUAGCAAUAGCCCCGUUAGCACAGAUGUUGUCGCACACCACGAUAUGACAGGGACUGCAUCUCCUCAACCGUUGCACAACACACCGGCGUCAGCGAGCCCCCAAUCUUAUCUUGAUCCAGGUCGUUGUAAACUUUUAUCAGCUGGAUCAAACAUAAGCAGAAUUACAACGCAAAUGUAUGCCCCAUCUAAUAACAGAGAAUAUUUUAAUCACUUUCAUUCCCAACCUACAUCGCUAUUGGGAUAUGCCGGCUCCAUAUCCACAAUGACAGGUGUUAUAAGUCCGACGGACUUAAGCCUAUACUCAGCUCCAAUGGCUGUAUCUAGAUCAAGUACCAGGACAAGAUGGAACGAAGAGGAGCAUAACGUAAUUCCACAUUCUGUAUCUAGUACAAAUAUUGAAAAUACCCAGGUUAUAUUAAUGGAAGAUUCGUCUGGACGUUAUAUAGAUGAGUACUCAAGUCGUGACUAUGUGUCAUGAUCUAAGCUCAAUUAAAUAAAAGCCAUUAAACUCUUCGGCUUGGGCAUGCCAAAACAUUUAUGAGCGAAUCCACAAUAAAUAAUGGUACCUUAAAUACAUACAUAAAUACCAAAUGCACAUAAAUUUUAUUGUAGCUGUUAAUAAUUAUACUAACAACUCUUUGUUUGUAUACAUGCUUUGGUUUUACUUAAAGUACUGCAAAUCAAUGACUGUAUAAUGAGACCAGUAUAAUCGAAUUCAUUUAUACCCGUAAAAAAUAGAGAAAAGUAAAUAAGAACUAAAUAUAAUAAAAGCUCUAAUCGGUGUAGUCGAUUCACAAAGUCAAAUAAAGUAGAGAAUCUCUUUUAGUUUUUCUGUUUAAAAAUAAUUUUUAAAACAUAUAAAAUAUGAAAAGUAUAAAAACAAUAUUCACGAGUGCACUUGAAGUAUCCUUUGAACGCUCUUUUAAAGCCAGUUGGUUUAUGUACCCGUAGCUACUCUGAUUGAUUUAAAUAUAAUGGAUAAAUUCAUAGAGGCUGAGUGACUUAAUGUUUGUUCGACACUUUUGUGUCCUUGCCAAGUUGGGUUACUAUGUCCAAAAUAUUAUUAAAGACAGGCAUAACGGAAAAAUGUAAAUGAACUCAUUAAUUUAUUUGGAAUAGUUGCACAAUAAAAUAAAACAUUAGUUUUGUAUUGUAUUAUAAGCUAACUUCGGCAAGACGAAGUUUAUACUAUAACCCUUGCAGAUACAACCAUGCCAUGCUUACUUUGUUCAAAUUAAGAACGUAUUACUAAAAAUAUAUAGAAAUACUAAAUGCUAAAUUACAUGCAAUAUAUUUAUAAAUAUUAAAUAUGAAAACCUCUUUUCCGACAUAAAUAUUCCGAUAUGACGUAGUUGUCUGAUUCGACGCGUUGCGACCUACAUGUAUAGGUCGCAAACUGGAACAAGACAAUUCAUAUAGCUUUAAACCUAAAAGACUGUUUGCGCAGAUACGGACGGAUCGAUAGAAGGAGUCGAAUCCUCUGUUGUUACGGAUUUGGAAACCUCGAAACGUUUCCAUCACUGCAAUGCAAACGUUUGACUGAAAUAAUGUUUCCCACUGCAAGGGUAUACUAAUAAUUUUUAAAUAUUGAGAAAUGAGCUUGAUUUAUUCGAAAUAGGCGAGAAUGAAGGUUGAGUUAAAAAAGUUUUACUAGUAAACGAAAAUUUAAAAUCAAAUUUUGACUUCACAACACUCUGUAUUAAAUUCCAAAAAUGUAAUCUAUUUUACUUUUCAACUAUUAGAUUUAUAACUAGAUAUUAUUGAACAGUAUAUAAAGUUUUAAUGCCUUAAUGAGUUUUGAAUUUGUUACUAUAUUUGGAUGAAUUUAUGUUUUUGUGAGAUAUUAAAAUAAAUUGAAUAUAACUAUUGCAGGACUCUAGGUAGUAGGAAAGCCAUCUAUGUGGCUUUUAAAAUCUUAAAUUAAGAAGAAAAGAAGGAUUUGCUUGUAACGUACUGAAAAAAGGGGAUCUUUGUUAUUUUGAAUUCCAGAUUUCUAAAAUUUUAUGAAAAUAGGAUAAAAUCCUUAAAAUUUUGUACAACUGGAAGAAUAACGCAUCUUAAUAACUGGACGGAAGUCGUACUGCAAAUAUUUAAUAUUAAGUUAUUUUACUUUAAGGUCCACUUGAAAGUUACAACACGAAAUUAUUUUGUAACUUUUGGAUUUGAUGCUUAAUUUUGGAAUACAUUAUCGAAAAUUAAGGGUAUACAAGGAGCCAAUGUUAUGACAAUAGUAGGACUAAUUGAACCAUCUCUAUACAUGGUUAGGUUUAGAUAUGAAUUGGAGAAGAAAACUGCUAAAAUAAUUCAGUAAUUAUAAGUAUUGCUUUAACUCAGAAAGUAGGUAUGUUGAAAAUUAUAGUAGGAAAUUCGAAAAUACUUCAAAUUUCAUAUACCUAAUGCAUAAGUUAAAUUUAAACUAAAUAAUCGCUUAUAAAAAAUGUUAUAUUAUUUAUAAAAAAUAAAAAAGCAAAUGAGAAGUAAAGACAAUGUAAUAAUAUAAUUAUUAUAAGUGCCUAAGAUUUUUUUUGUAAAAGAGUAAAAAUGUUCUCACUUUCGAUUAUUUAUUUCGAAUAUGGUUUUAAAUUAUUUAUUAUUAUUAUUAUAAAUUAAUUAUAAUUAUUUUAAAUUAGUUUUAAAGCUAAUACGUAAAACAUUUUUAUUUUAUAGCAAAAUUGAGAAAAUCAAUUUUUUGUAAAUUAUUCGAUUGUAAAAACGGGAACAAGCCCAAUUAACAUGUAUGAAAUUGUUCGAUUUUAAUUAGAAUAAACACACACAUAUUUGUCUUUCCUUUACAAAUCGAACACAUUUAAUUAAAUCACAUUUAUAAUCUUCCUACAAAUUUAUUUUUGAGUUAGUAUUCGUGAAAUAAGAAAACACGUGUUUCCUGGUUGUGCUAAGAAAUACAUUUUGUAAAUCAAAUUUUUAAAAAUCUUUUAAAAAUAGUACAGCAAUUCUUAUUUUCACAUUUUCUUAUUUUGAGAAAUCGAAUUUUCAAUCAGACUAAAAAAAAUUUACUUAUUUACCGAAGAGUAGUUGUUUAUAGAAUUUAAGGCAAGUUCAUAAUGUGAAAACUUUUUUUAUAUGUUCGUUCGGCUUGUAAAAAGACAGCAAUGGGGUCGUGUUCACUCAGCUUUGGUCACACUGAGUGGGCAUCUAUUUCAACAAAAUUUUGGUCUCAAAACUAAAGUAUCUUUGAAUUUGGACUUUCCAAGUUCAAAAAUGUGAUUUGAAAACGCAGUGUAAAAGAAACUCAUAAAUUUAUAUGCUUGCCUAUAAUAAUGAUUAUUUUAAUAUGAAAUUACCGACAAAAUCAGAAUAUUUUGAUGUCUGUAAAAUAUUAGUACAAUAAUAAUCAUAAGUGGAUGGUAAAGGGCAUGUGCAAAAACUAAGCAAUACUUUAAAUAUUUUUAAGAAUUGGCUGUGAAUAUGAUCUUACGCUGUUUGUAAUUUAGGUAAAUAUGAAAGUGCUUAAUAUAAAUAAUUACUAACUGUAUUGCAAUUCUAAUAUAUACACACUACUAAAAUAGACUGUAAACAAAAGGAGACUUGGUAAUAAAUUAAGAGAAUAUUUUGUUAAAGCAAAAAAUAAAGAUUAGCAUUAAAAUCA